CCCGGCACCGUCAGCAGGCAGCCUCUCAUCACCACGCCGCAAUGCCGUCCGAGCUGCUCACCUUCCCGCCGGCGUACUGCGUCGUCGGCGCCUUCCGCCUGGCGCGCGACCCGCUGCUGUGGAAGCCCAUGUGGAAGCGCUGCGCCUCGGCCGCCAAGCGGGCCGGGCUGAUCGCCGUCAUCUGGGCAGUGGUGACGUGGCCCGUCCAGCGCUGGUUCGUCGGGUACUUCAUGUCCGGCUCGGCGCGCAUCAGCGGUCUCUCGAGCGUGUACGGCAGUGUCGUGGGCCGCGCAGACCGCCUCGAUGGCGCCAGCGACUCGAGCUUCCUCGGCUUCGCCAUGCCGAGUCUGACGACGUUUGCCGCGCUCGUCUUCGUGCUGGGACAGUGCAACUCGAUCAUGGACUUCUGGCUGCGGCGCAAGCUCAAGGAGUGCAGGAACGAGGCGUAUCAGGCUACAGUCAAGUCGCGCGGCAAGGGAGACGAGUGGUGGACGCCGUACUUUGAAGAGUGGGAGGAGCCGCCGCUGGCAAAGGCGCAGAAGGGACAGCAGAAGCAGGCCUUCUACAUGAAGCUGGCGUCGCCCGUCAUUCGCAUCUUUCUGCUCAAGGUCGUACUGCUGCCGCUCGACUUUGUUCCGUUUCUCGGCCUCAUCGUCUCCGCUGGCAUCCGUUCGCUGUCCAUGGGCCGGCAAUUGCACUCGGACAUGUUUGCGCACAAGCGCAUGACGCCUCUGCAGAUCGAGCUGUGGAUGACCGAGCGGCAGUUCGAGUAUCGCAUCUUCGGUCUCGCCGCUUCCCUGCUCGAGGCUGUGCCGCUCGCUGGCCUCGCGUUCAGCAUCAGCAACCGUGUGGGCGCGGCCAUGUACGCUCAUGACUUGGAGAAGCGCCAGCAGUCAUUCCGCAGCGGCGAACGCAAGCCAUUGCCGCGAGACCAGACGUACAGUCUCGCCGACCCGCGGCGGCCAAGCAGUCCGACAUCGUCGCAGCGCGGCAAGCUGCCGUUCGCGCCUCAGGGCGACGACGACAGCCCGCUCACGCCCUGCACCCGCCGACCAGAGUUUGUCAUGCCCGGCGCCACGUUCAGCGGCCCCUCGGGACGUGCAGGCCCGCCGCCGGGUUAUAGCAAAGAAGAUGCGAAGCAGCUGCUGGGCGACUCUGCGGGCGGCCCGAGUGGCAGCCUGGGACUGGCGGAUGAUGCUCAUGCAUCGGGGACACAGCGCAGCUCGACGGCGCCGCAGAAGAGAAGAGUGCCGCCGCCGCCGACGAAGUGA